CUCUUCAUGUUAGUUUUAGGUAGAGAGGGUAGCUCAUGAAGCAUGUAAACUAAAAUUGAAAAGUAGUACCCGUAAUCAAAUCCCCACUGUAUGUUUGUAACGACAGGCGAGCACUUCUUGAAUAAGACCGAGGGAACAGAGCAGGAUUUCGCAAUUCAAGAUCUCUACAUUCAUCCAAAAUGGGAUCACCACACAACUGAUAACGACCUGGCAAUGAUACGCCUCGACCGACCUGCCACACUCAAUGGUCGCGUGAACACGAUCUGUCUACCCGAGCCUGAGUAUCAGUUUCCCCCCGGAACAGAAUGUACAAUUACCGGCUGGGGUACCACUCAGGAAGGUGGUAAAUCCUCCGCUGCUCUCAUGCAGGCAAAGGUACCUAUAGUGGAUCGCGAAGCGUGCAGUCACAACCAAUCAUACGGAGAGAAAAUAACUAAGAAUAUGAUCUGCGCAGGGUUGCGUCAGGGGGGUGUAGACAGCUGUCAAGGUGACUCCGGCGGACCACUGGUGUGUAAGAACCCAGUGAACCCUCGGCAGUGGAUUCAAGUCGGUGCUACCUCCUGGGGAAAGGGAUGCGCCAGGGCUCUAAAAUACGGUGUCUACGCAAACAUUAAGAGAUAUCUGCCGUGGGUCAACUUUCUUACUGGCAAUGUAGAG